AGGACCCGGAGGGCGGGACCCGCCGCCCGCGCUCCUGCCGCCCGCGCCCAGCGCACUCCCGCUGCGCCCCCGGCUCGGUCGCUGGGCCAUGGGCGCCCGGUCCGGGCCUGCCCCCCGCGAGGCCGCCCGGUGCCUGGCGUGAAGGACCGCCGAGACAGACGGCCACCAUGGGCCAGUGCUACUACAACGAGACCAUCGGCUUCUUCUACAACAACAGUGGCAAGGAGCUGAGCUCCCACUGGCGGCCCAAGGAUGUGGUGGUGGUGGCCCUGGGCCUGACGGUCAGCGUGCUGGUGCUGCUGACCAACCUGCUGAUCAUCGCGGCCAUCGCCUCCAACCGGCGCUUCCACCAGCCCAUCUACUACCUGCUCGGCAACCUGGCCGCGGCCGACCUCUUCGCCGGCGUGGCCUACCUCUUCCUCAUGUUCCACACGGGCCCGCGCACGGCCCGGCUCUCGCUCCAGGGCUGGUUCGUGCGGCAGGGCCUGCUGGACACGAGCCUCACGGCGUCGGUGGCCACGCUGCUGGCCAUCGCCGUGGAGCGGCACCGCAGCGUGAUGGCCGUGCAGCUGCACAGCCGCCUGCCGCGCGGCCGCGUGGUCCUGCUCAUCGUGGGCGUGUGGGCGGCCGCGCUGGGCCUGGGGCUGCUGCCCGCCCACUCCUGGCACUGCCUCUGCGCCCUGGACAGCUGCUCGCGCAUGGCCCCGCUGCUCAGCCGCUCCUACCUGGCCGUCUGGGCCCUGUCCAGCCUGCUCGUCUUCCUGCUCAUGGUGGCCGUCUACACCCGCAUCUUCUUCUACGUGCGCCGGCGGGUGCAGCGCAUGGCCGAGCACGUCAGCUGCCACCCCCGGUACCGGGAGACCACGCUCAGCCUGGUCAAGACUGUGGUCAUCAUCCUGGGGGCCUUCGUGGUCUGCUGGACGCCGGGCCAGGUGGUGCUGCUCCUCGACGGCCUGGACUGCAAGUCCUGCAACGUCCUCGCGGUGGAGAAGUACUUCCUCCUCCUGGCCGAGGCCAACUCCCUGGUCAACGCCGUGGUGUACUCCUGCCGCGACGCCGAGAUGCGCCGCACCUUCCGCCGCCUCCUCUGCUGCCUGUGCCUGCGCCGGGCCGCCCGGGAGUCCGCCCACUACGCGUCCUCCACGCGGGCGGGCGCCAGCACGCGCAUCAUGCUCCCCGAGAACGGCCACCCCCUGAUGGACUCCACCCUGUAGCCAGCCGUGGCGUCCGUGGGAUGCAGCAGGUGCCCGGCCGCACCCUGACCGCUCGUGGGGGUGCCCGGGUCAGCCCCGUUCGAAGGACAGAGUCAAGGCGGACCCUCGGUCUGGCUGCCGGACCUCCGCAGACACACGCAGCUCUGCCCGCUCCGGGGCCCGGGGGUUAUCUGUGGUCACCUCCAGGGGCCCAGGACAGGUGGGGUUCCGGAACGGGCCCUUCAGUCAUCUCAGGGUGUGGGGUUUUUAACAGACAUUUUCCUGUUGUACUACACAUCCCUGGCAAACCCUGUGGAUCGCUUCCGUGUCCGUGGUGGUGUGCGUUAAAAGGACUCUCGGGCCAUGACGCCCCCAGAGUAACAAGGGCUGGAUCAUGGAUGCGCCAUCUGCCUGAGGCACACAGAGCGUGUGGCCCCGUGAGGCCUCCGGGCUUGCCCGUCUCCGUUAGACUUGAGGGUAUCCCCACGGAGGGCAUGUUAAGGAGUAAACUUUUAUUUUUCCUC